AGCCCAUAAAGCUCCACACACUCUAAAACCCUUUCCUUUUGCGAUUUGGAUUAUCGAUCGUGGGGUUCAUCUUCGUAGUCGCCUUCGAAUUCGCAGAGAGAGAGAGAGAGGAAGAAUGAAGGUGAGAUCAUCUGUGAAGAAGUUGUGUGAGUUUUGUAAGACGGUGAAGCGCCGUCGACGUGUCUAUGUUAUUUGUUCGUCCAAUCCUAAGCACAAGCAAAGGCAAGGAUUCUGCUCCAUUGCUCAUGAUGGAAUCAUUCCUCCUCCCUUGUUUUCGGAGUCGGUUGCUAAUCAGGAGGUGGUGAGGAUGCCUGGCCAGGGAGUAUCAGCUGGUCUCGCAUCGCUCUUACACAAAAGGCCUGAGCCAGCAGCGGUUUUCGGAUGGAGGUCAGGUCUUGCAUCCGUUCUCUUCAAGCAAGGGAAUUAGCAAAGUUAAAACCAGCAUUUAAUCUAUUUGGAUUUUCCCAAGUUGUAAUCCAAAGUUUGGUUCUCAACACAUUUACUUUGGUCAGUUGUAGGCUCUUCUAGACCCCGUUUGAUUUGCUUGCACCUUAUAUGACUUGAAUAAAGAUAUAAUAUUAAACUUGA